GCAACCUCUUCCGCUUCGUGAGCAAAACAAUUCCGCGUGAGGCUAGUUGACAUUUACAACAAACAGGAAAGAUUUUGUUGUGUUUUUAUUCUGGCGAACCAUAUUCACCUCGGAAACAGCUCUUCCAGUCAGACAUCAUUUCAUGCAAUGUUUUAACUAAACGGUGACGAGAAGAAAUACCUGGAGCUAUAAUACAGUGGCGUGCUAACGUUAGCUGAUUAACUAGCUAGCCACGGUAAUGGCAGCACCAACUCCUUCGCCGAUUUCUGCUCCCAUAUUAAGUAAGAAGCAACACAGGUCAGCUCAGAGGAAAGAGAGAAGGAAACAGAAACGUAAAGCUCUUGCCCAAGCCAGAGAAUGUGAUUUACAUAAUGGAGAACGCUAUGCUCCUGAAGAAAACGAGGAUAUAAAUGAAGGAGAUGGUGAGGACGAUGAUGCUGCUGAGGGGGACAGACUGCGGCUCCAUGAAGAGUGGCUGGAAAGAGAGAGACUUGCCCAGGAGGAAUUCAGGCUGCAGUCAGAGAGGGAAGAAGCUGCAAGGAAAAGAAAAGAGGAGGAGGAGCGGAUGAUAAAGGAGGAAUGGGAGGCCCAGCAGAGGAAAGAACAAGAAGACAAAGAGCAAAAGCAGCAGGAGAAGCGAGACAGAGAGGAGGCUGUUCAGAAAAUGUUGGAUGAAGCUGAAAACCAGCUCGAAAACGGAGGACCGUGGAUGAAUCCCGAAGCUCCUGUGACGGUGAACUCUGAGAACUAUGGAACAGAGCGUGACGUAGCUAACUGCCCGUUCUUUCUUAAAACCGGAGCAUGUCGAUUUGGAGACAGAUGUUCUCGGAAGCACGUUUAUCCCACAGCAAGUUCGACUCUGAUGGUCGUCGGUAUGUUCAGAACGUUUGGCAUGGAGGAGUCACGUCGUGACGAUUACGACAUGGACGCUUGUUUGGAGCACAGCGAGGAGGAUUUGCAGGAGUCUUUCCUCGAGUUCUACCACGAUGUUCUGCCAGAGUUCAGAAGUAUCGGCAAGGUGGUGCAGUUUAAGGUCAGCUGCAAUUAUGAGCCACACCUGAGAGGAAAUGUUUACAUUCAGUUUGACACAGAGGAGCAGUGCAAAGAGGCCUUCAUCAAGUUCAAUGGGAGGUGGUAUGCAGGCCGGCAGCUUCACUGUGAGUUAUGUCCUGUGACACGGUGGAAGAAUGCAAUAUGUGGAUUGUUUGACAGACAGAAGUGCCCUAAAGGGAAGCACUGUAACUUCCUGCAUGUGUUUCGAAACCCUGGCAAUGAAUUCUGGGAGGCCGACAGGGACCUGCACUUGUCACCGAACCACAGUGUCAGAGGGAGCCGCAGAGAUGGGUGGCAGUCAGAGCGAUACAGCGAUCGAUCGUGGAGGCAACGUCGCUACAGCAGAAGCCCAGUAAGAUCAGAGAGAUCUCACAGCAGACGAGAGGACGAGCGGCGGAGGAGCAGGAGCAGAGAGAGGAGAGACGACAGAUGGUCGUCCAGAUCCAGACACAGUGACAGGAGGACAAAUCUGAGCAACAGUAGAGACAGGUCUAGGAGCAGGAGUAGAGACAGAGAGCGAGACAGGCUGAGAAACAGGAGUAGAGAUAAAGACAGGGAGCAUAAGCACAGGACUAGAAGUGAAGACAGAGACAGUAGAGACAAAGAUGAAGACACCCGCAGAGAUGCAAGAGAGAAGUCAAGAAGCACAAGCAGAGAGAGGGAAAGAAGGAAGGAAAGUAGAGAAACAAGUCCAAAGAAACCAGGUAAAAGCAAGAAAACGACCAGUGACGAUUCCAACACACAGCGCCGCCACAAACGCUCCAAAAAGAGCAAGAAGAAGAGCAAGAAGAAGCAUAAAAAGAAAAGCCAUUUGCCUGAAGAGACAACUUCAUCUGGGGAGUCGGACAAAGAGAAAGAAUCGGAGGAAGAGACGGCAGAUAACCAUUCUGCAACAAGUCCCAGUGGAGAGAUAAAUGAAACAGAACUAUCUCAGAAAAACACUAAGUUAGACGAGAAUGUUGACAAUCAAAAUAACUCAAGUUCAGAAGUUAAAAGUGAACAAUCCAACGAUGAAAUCUCAAACGAGCUGACUGGAAAUGGUGACAUCAGUUGUUCUUAGUGGAUCCUACAUUUAAAAAUCUGUACAUCUGGUUGUACUUUUUUCUUAUAAAUAUAUGAAUCUAUUGGAAGGAUGAGAUAAUUAUUUUUUUAUUUAGCAGCAAACAUCAUCACAGAGUUGGUAGUUUUCACAUCUUUGAAUGAGAUGCACUGAAUUGUGGGGUGUUCAGAUCCCUAUAUAGUGGAUCGUUUUAAACAAGGGAGCAAUUUUAUACGCGUUAGCAGCUAUCACCACAUAUGUGAAUAUUCUGUUUUGUCAAAAUGGUGAAGGUUGCACUAAUUGACGUUCGAUCCCUGGAGCUGUUACGUGGUUAUCACUGAGUAAAAACAACUUAAAACAUCGA